CGGACUCCAUGUUGUUCCGUCAACUCCAGCUAACAACUUUUGCCCGGAAAACUCACGUUGCAACUCUUCUGUGCGUGUGCAGUGUGUUUGACCCCCCCGCCCCUUCCCGCGAAACAACAUGGCAGACUACCGGGACGACACCGGAGCUCGGGCGCUACUCGCCUUGCAGUCGGCGCCGUGCAGUCCGGUGCGAGUGGCGGUGACCUCGCACGGCUACCCCCAGCCCUCGCUCUCCUUUCCGGGGCCGCAGCUGACGGAGCCCCGCGACGCCGGCGGGAUGCGCCCCGUCCGCCUGGCGUCUCCUCUCCCGCAGGCCCUGGCCAGACUGGAGGGCCGGGACUUUGAGUUUGUCAUGCGCCAGAGGACGGUGACCAUCGGGCGGAACUCGUCCCACGGCUCGGUGGACAUCAACAUGGGCCACUCGAGCUUCAUUUCGCGGCGACACCUGCAAAUAAGCCACGACGAGGCGAGUGGCUUCUCGCUGCGUUGCCUCGGCAAGAACGGCGUCUUCGUGGACGGCGUGUUCCAGCGGAGAGGGGCGCCGCCACUGCCGCUGCCCCGAGAGUGUGUGUUCCGUUUUCCCAGCACGGUCAUCAAGAUCCAGUUUGCGUCGCUCCUCGCCGCCGAGGAGCAGCGGGAAAAAGAAGCACCCUCUCCUCCCGUGCGCUCCUUCCUGCCACACAUCUCCCCCCUCAAGAUCAGCAUUCCCACCGUGCAGCAGCACGAAGAGCACAUCAGGGCCUUUGGGUCGCCGCUGCCAUCACCCACAGGCACCAUCAGCGUUCCCAACUCCUGCCCGGCGAGUCCCAGAGGCGCGGGGUCGUCGGGAUACCGCUACGGCCGCAACGUGACCUCCGACCUCCAGCUGGCAGCCGAGUACGCCGCCAAGGCCAUUAGCGAGCACAGGCGAAGCGCCACCGAGCAGAGGGGCGGAGCCGGUGAGCCGCGAGGGGAGUCGGCCAUCGGCGGCGGCGACAGCCCCAAGGAUGAGUCCAAGCCGCCGUACUCCUACGCUCAGCUGAUCGUUCAGGCCAUCUCCUCGGCGCCGGACAAGCAGCUGACCCUGAGCGGCAUCUACGCUCACAUCACCAAACACUACCCCUACUACCGCACGGCCGACAAGGGCUGGCAGAACUCCAUCAGACACAACCUGUCCCUGAAUCGCUACUUCCUGAAAGUGGCGCGCUCCCAGGACGAGCCCGGCAAAGGCAGCUUUUGGCGUGUGGACUCGGCCUCUGAGAUCAAGCUGGUGGAGCAGGCCUUCAGGAAGCGGCGGCAACGGGGGGUUGCCUGCUUCAGGACGCCCUUCGGACCGCUCUCGUCCAGGAGCGCCCCCGCCUCUCCGACUCAUCAGGGACUACUUUCCCCCCCAUCCAGCGGGUUGCAGACCCCCGAAUGUUUGAGCAGGGAGGGGUCGCCUGUCCCGCCCGACCACCACGAGCAGCUGGCCCACAAACUGGCGGCCGUACCCGAGUACCGCUACUCUCAGAGUGCGCCAGGUUCUCCAGUCAGCGCUCAGCCUGUCAUCAUGGCGGCGCCCCCCCACCCGACUGUAGCCCUGCCCCCCGGGCUGGGCAAGGCCCUCGCCCUCGUUCCAGGACAAGGACAAGUCCAGCCCGUCCACUUUCUCCAGAACCCGCCACAGUCCUCCGUCACCAUGCUGCGUGUGGUCACCAGCGCCCCUCCCAAUGGGUACGGCGCCCCCUCUGUCGGGACCACGGCGCCAGGGAUGCAGGGGGCGGGAAAGAGCGAGCUGAGAGAGGCGCAGCUCAACCGAGAGCUGGUGAUCCAGACGGUGGACGGCGCCGUGCAGGGGGCGGACGCACGCAACCUGGCGCCAGGUCUGCAUCAACUUCCUGUCCGUGCCGUCACCCAGAAUGGAAAACACACAAAUGAUGCAGUCGUCACGGCAACCAGCCUUUUUACAGCGGGAAGUGAUGGGGAACAGUUUCACCACGGGAACCCACGGUAUUCAAGUCAACAAAUUGUGUUGGUAAAAGGAUACGAUGGUGGCCAAAUACAAUCAGAAGUAUUUGUUCAGCUUUACCUGUGAGAUCUUGUCUGGACAGGAAACUGGUUGGUACAAUUCCAUGCAGAACAUGGAUUAGUCAUCUUCCCUGUUCUCUCUUUUACCACAUCCAAUAUGGCGGUCACAACGUAUGAUUCAACGCUCAGUGCGGCAGCUACGUCGCCAGAGAUACAGAUACAGAGAUGCGCCCGAUUCACUCAACCCGUGAGGUCACAUCAGGUUCACGAUUCGCCUGUUGGCACCGUCACGCGGCGUUAGCUAGUGAGUCUAGUGAGUCUAGGUUAGCGUUAGCGAGCCAGCGGCUAAAGACAGGAACAGGAAGUGGAAAGGAGAGUUGAUUUGAGCCAAGGAGAUCUGUUGCUUUUGCCACAGGGUUCAUAUAUUCAUAUAAAUGCAGUUAGAGUAACAGCUGCACAAUUAAUGCAAUGUUGCAUUUUUUUUUUUUUCAAUUUUGCUAGCAGCAGCAGGGCAAGCGAACGAGUUAACAGAGACAAAUACCCUACCAUCGCUAAAGUGAUGAGCUGUUGCAAAGUAAGAGAGUUACAAAAAUGGAUAGUUGCCAAACGUUCAAAAUAAAAUCAGGAGCGCUUUUUCCAAGUAUGAGUUCCACAACGGCGAUGGAAGUGGCUUUUGGUGUUAUUUCAUCAUCUCUCUGAUAAAAUGGCGACGCGCAAACGGGCUGAAAUUGUCAUCAGGUUGUGUUUUCUACACAACAGACAAAAAGUGUUCGACACUGUCUCCGCCACUUACGCAAUCUGUAAUACAUAUUUUUGCUAUUUAUAACUGUAAAUCACUGUGGUCUGUGUGUCCAGCCCCUCAGAGUGAUGGCAACCUGGCAGGUUUCCCGUCUCUGCGCAAUACGUACGGGAAAUGCAAUCGUGUAGCGCACCUACGUCACUUUCUCCCUUCACAAGUUUUUCCGACAGCGCUUCUGCGGCGUCACAUGCUGUGGUAGUUUUUAUUUUUUUACAUGUAUGAACAUAUACUUCAUAUAUGUAAUAUAUUGGGGGGUUAUUUUAUUAGUGACUCUUAUUUAAAGACUUUGUUAGCAUAUGGAUGUUAUCGUCUUAUGACAAAAGUGAACUAUGUAAAAACGUAGGCUAUGCACGUAGCGCAGACGUAAACGUCAUAUACCGUUACGUGUACCAUACGUAAAUAAAUAGAAUAAAACAUCAAAUGCAGUACUAUAAGUGUAAACCAUAAGCAGAGUGCAAUGAUGGAUUCUUCUAGAGGUCCAUCAUCCAUUUAGCUAGAGUUUUUUUUUCUAAACUGAGAAAUACCAUCCAUCCAAACAUAUUUUACUAGCAAAUGCUUUUGUAAUUUUUCAGUGGUGUAAAAAUGUAUGGAACCAAGAAAAGACUGCUUAUAAAUUACCUACUUGCACCAUGUAUAUGAUCUAAAAAAAAAAAGACCAAAUAUGUUGUGGUUUCCCAAAUCAACGUUUUUGGGAGUGGAUUACACACAGACGCCGCAACGUGCGCUGAUCCGUAAACCAAAGUCGCCGCCAUAUUGGAUGUGUCAAGGCUGCGCUGUAAGUGAAUACAAGGAAAUGUACUUAAUAAAGCGCCUUUCUACAAACUGAAAUGUAAGUUAAUGCCUCUUUAAAAGAUUCACACACGCACUAAUAGCCUUGGGAAACAGUUUGGCACCAAAAACAAUGUAUUUCAUCUUCUCAAACUGUUGCCGAAGUAUUUUAGUACGUGUGUGAAUGUAUAAAUGAGAGGGAUUAGUUUAGAUUUGUUUGUAGAAAGGCGCUUUAUGAAAGUAAGUACAUAUACUUGUAUUCAUUUACAGCGCAGCCUUGACACAUCCAAUAUGGCGGCUACAUUGCCGUAUAGCAGCAGUGGACUAACCCCCGAGACGCAGCGUCUACGUUCACAACUUCUACAUUGGCGUGGUGGUUGCUCACGCUCAGGGCAACACUGCCCUCUAGUGUGACAGCAGAGCUUUGCGGGCACUGCACCUCUGCUCUUCCACUUCACCAACAGCCGUUUUGUGAACAAAGUACAGUUCCACGCUGGAUUCGCCAAUAUUCCUCCAUAUGAUGACGUCCGAUGUGGCCACUGACCAAUCACAACAGAGUAAGCGUGGUCGGCUGCGGAAUCGAGCGUUUCGGCUAAGAGGAAAAGAAUGCAGAAUUGAUAUUUAUGAAGCGUUUUAUUUAAAGAAACUUACUUUGGUGCCCCACAGGGAUCCAAUAUUUGAAAAUGAGCAGAAUAGGACCCUUAAAAAAAGUUUGUCUUUGACUAGAAGAAAGUGUUGGUUAUAAUUCAUAAGGAUGAUCACAAAAUGAGAUCUUUGGGUGGAGGGGAGGAGCUACAGCCUGGUUCCAUCAUCCAAUCAACAAGCAGCAAUGAAUGUUUACAAACAUUAUUUACAUACAAACAAAAUAAAUAAAAGCCAAAUUCCUCCUUUAGUCUCUCCUAGGGUGUG